AUGAUAGCGUGCGAGCAGACAUACGCCUUUAAUAGAAGGCGCAAGCUUAUCAAACGGGUCGUUGAAUGCUACAAACGGGUCAACAUACCGUGUGGUUUUGCGUGCUGUACCAGUACCACAAAAUUAGUGAAGGACAAGUAUUACAUCGCUGAAGCGGACAUUCUUAUAAAAUUCAAAUCUUUAUUAUUUUCAGAGAAUGUUAUCGUUUUGCAAAGUGUACUGAAGGAAAUAAAGUUGAAGAACAUACGGCGGUACAAUUCGUACACAAGGAUAAUAAAGAGGAACGGGAUUUUUGUGUUUUACGAUGAUUUUAGGUUAGAAGAGAUGAAUAAGGAGGAAGAACGGAGAAUGUUGGUUAGAGAUGGUAAUAUGACAAUAUAUGAACAGAAGUGGCCUAGCAAGACGAGGCGUGCCCUGCUAUUUUACCAUUCGCAUGUACCAGGCGUUGAAAUUAACAUUUUGGAUGUGGAAAAUUGUUCUGAGUUUAUGAAUGAUCCUCUUCUGUGUGAUUAUGUUACAGUGCCUGAUACGCCGGACGACGAUAGCUACCGGGAGUACACCAAUGAAGGAUCCGUAGGCUUCUUCCAUUCGUCAUAUUACAACUACUUUUCAGGCACGAUUUACUGCGAGAACAAGAAGUACUACGUAAACAACCGGUUGGAUGUUAACAGGGCGCUGAACGGUGACGAGGUAUACUUUAAAAUUGUGGAAUCGGAUGAAGUACAGGCAGAGGUGCUCGAGACUGAUACAGACGCUAUGAGUGCAUCUGGAUCGGACAAAGUAGACACGAAAAACGAGAGAAAGGAGUUUGCGUAUAUUACAGGGAUAAAAGAACGAAAGGACAGGAUAAUUGUAGGAACGAUUCUUAACAGCACGAUAAGCGGUACAGGCACACAAAACGUCCUGAUAAAACCAAUGGACAAGAAAUAUCCACCAUGCAGGAUACAGACGAGUAAUGUUGGGCGUAUCAAGGAUAAGCGAUUGAAGUUUAUCAUUUCAGAAUGGAAAGAAACAUCGAAAUAUCCAAAUGCUGUGUAUCUCGGCACAAUAGGACCUAUAAAAGAUGUAGAAGUCGAAAUAAACAGCAUUCUGCUCCUCAAUGAAAUACCGAACGCUCCUUUGAGUAAGAAUUACCACGAAGAAACGGAGCGAUUCGGACACGAACAAACAAAUUGUGAAGAGACUAGGGAUUUGCAGCGCUUUGCAGAGAUAAACAGCAACAGGCUUGACUUGAGAGAUGAAUACGUGUUUAGCAUAGAUCCACCGGGAUGUACCGAUAUAGACGAUGCUCUGCACUGCAAAAUGGGAGAUACCAUAGAAAUAGGUGUGCACAUUGCCGAUGUGAGUUCGUACGUCCUGCGAAAUACAACCAUUGACGAAGAAGCUAAACGACGUGGCACAACUGUGUACCUAAACGAUAGACGAAUUGACAUGCUGCCUGAUGUGUUAUCAAGUGAUCUGUGUUCGCUAAGGAGCAAUGUUGAUAGGCUGGCAUUGAGCGUAAUAUUCCAGUUUGACAGCAAUUUCAAUAUCAUUAACACAAAGGUGAGCGAAACGAUAAUUCAGUCCAAAGAGUCGUUUACGUAUGAGGAGGCCCAGCGUAUUUUGAAUGACACAAAUCAUCGCUCAUACGCAUCAUUGCAUAGGCUGUAUGAGGUGUCGCGCAAGCUUAAGCAAUCUCGAAUUGAUAGUGGUGCACUAAUCCUGAACAUCGGAGAGACACUUGUUCGUGAGGAAAGUGACAAGCUGAGGAUAAACACCAAGUGUGAGGCGGAAACGUGCAGCAUAGUAGAAGAGUUUAUGAUUCUAGCAAAUGUCACUAUUGCAAAGUUUAUGUACGAGCAUAUCAGAAAUUGCUCGCUGUUGCGCAGGCACCCGGAGACCGAAAUAAAAGAAAUCGAAUCGGAGAUAGAAAGUGUAAGAUCGAUGUUGAAGAGGCGGUCGAUGGCACAAGCCACGUAUUUUUCGAGUGGAACUGUUCCGUUCGCAGACUUCAGGCAUUUUGGUCUCGCUGAACCGAUUUACACACAUUUCACAUCGCCGAUAAGGCGAUAUGCCGACUUGGUGGUACACCGACUCGUAAAGUCGAUCAUGUUCCAAUCCGACUACGGAUACGAUGAUUACAGCAUAGAUGCUCUCACCAAACACCUCAAUGCAAGGCACCGAGGUGCACAGAUAGCAUCACGGGAGUGCAAUUUCCUGUUUUUGUACUUGUAUCUCAGUGAACACGAGCCGGUGACACAGGCAUACGUGAUCAAGAGUUUAGCGAAUGGAUCUAUGGUUUACAUACCUGAGUACGACAUAGAUGGUUUUAUCACGAGCGUGAGAGCAGUGAGCGAGGAAGUUAAGGUUAAAAUUGUGAAGAAUGAUGAGAAUUUUUAUGUAAACCGUUGGAUCACGCUUGAAGAGAUGAACGAGGGCGUGUGAUGUUACUCCGUAGUUUAAAUGGUAUGUUAUAGUAGUUUAGGUAGGUUUUACCUGUGAAAUCGUGUUUAAUGUCUUUGUUUUAUCGUUUGCACAUCAAAUUUGUUUGUAAGAGCACCACCCUAUAUCAAUGAUGUAUUUAAAUAACAUUUUUAGUUAUGAAGCCCUGCUGUCAGCAGCGUGAACUGUUGUUCACCAAAAUUGCACACCUUAAAUCGCAGAUGCAUGCGCUUUUGCGUUGUAUUACUUCAUUUCAACGGUUAUUAACCUGAGAUCGAAAUGGAUGAGGCACAUUCUUGCGAUAUUGAAUAAGCUCUUUGGAUGAUACCGAAUAUUUCAACUGUUCGAUCCGGAAUGGAGUGCACUCUUCAUAUCAAAUAACUGGCAGAAUUUCAACACAUUCUGUGAAAAGAACGUACCUGUAGUGUAUCGUAACUAUAGAACCAUGAUAAACGGAUUUAGUUCGUCUUGUCGCAGGUGACAACGAAACG